AUGUCUCCGUCUUGUGCGAUCAACGAUACCUCCGCAACAGCGCAUCAUCACCAUCUCCCCCCUCGCCAUCAUUCGCCUCUCCAUGCAUCCGUCUCGGGCACCGGAGAUUUCUCGCUUUCCUCUCUUAACGUCCCGCAAAUAGCGCUACCAGCUGCCGCUCUCUGCUCGCCGACUCUCCGCCCCACAACCACGGAGCCGCGUCAUCUGUCAACGAAAGAACCGCCGCGGCAGCCGCUUCCAACCGUGCCGGCGGCGGCGCAUCGAUCCGACGGCGCGACCAGCGGCGGCGGGGGUGUUUGGCGGUCGAAAAGUCACGGCGGGUGUUUCCGCAACCAACACGUCGCUCCGUGCGACGACGACGACGAAAACGACGGCGACGACGACGACAAGCAGAAAGAGGAGGGGGAGGACGGGGGAGAUGAUGAUUGGCUUGUUACCUACUCCCGCACUUCGACCUCGUACACUCGACCCGCGCCAGUCGUCGCAACCUCGAAGCCCGUUUCUGUUUGUGCUACUAGCCUCAAGCCUUCUUACCAUGCGGGAAAUCCACUUGCUUUAGGCGCCGCGGUGGCAGCAGCAGCGGCGGCCGCAACGGCUUCGGCAUCGGCAUCGGCGUCGGCGGCCGUUACUACUACGAAUGCAGCGGGCAAUCAGGCAGCGGAGGAGGAGGACGAGGAUUUUAACGCGUGGAUGCUCAGCGCAGAGGACGCCGCAAGAUCAGGGGGUGGAGGUCGUAACGUCACCGCCAGCGCCAGGGGAGGAGGAAAGGGAGGCGGCGCGGCGGGUGUCGGUCAGAGCCAGGCAUGCGGAAGUCGCGGCGCAACUGACAGCGGGCCUGACGGCGACGAGUCGGAAUGGAGUGCGACGCUAAUGGAUCCUAGCCGGAGCGAUCGGCGCAGCAGCACUGGCGACAGGCGGCGGUCGUCGCGGCUGUCGGCGAGUUCGAGGCGCCGGAACGCCAUGGAGUACUCGGAACUUGACGCCAUUCGUGAAAGGCUGCUCCAUGCCACUCAGCUAUGGGCCAUCACCCUGGGCCUGCCUGUGCUGUCCCUGGACCUAUCUCUGCAUCUGCGCGUGCGUGCACAAAACCCCAACUACAUGCCCGUUUCCUACUCCGCUGCCACCGUCGCCAUCUAUUACGACGGCACUAAGAUAGGCGAGAGUAACAUGGGAGCGGGGCAGUUCAUGCCUCGGGACAACAAGGUCAUGGAGCUAUCUGCCACCAUGAGUGCACUGGAGCUAGCAGCAGCCAAUGCGCAGCGGCUGCUGAGCGACAUGGUGAACCGCAGUGUCACAGUGGAGGCUGUCACCUCUUUCCCGGCCGUUGCCCAUGGGCUUUGUGACUCCCUGCACCCCCGCCUUCUGGUCAUGCACGCUGAUUCCGUUUCAGCGCCUUCCAUUCCGUCCCCCAUGGAGCCCGCGCUUCUCUCCGCCAUCUCCGCCAUUCACGCCGCGCCAGCGCGCGCCGUGCUUGCCGUCACGGGAGGCGCGUCGCAGGCGGUGGGAUGGCUAGUAGCGGUUCCCGGCGCGUCGCAGACGGUCUUGGAGGCUGUGCUGCCGUACUCGCAGCGCGCGUUCGACCAAUACGUGGACGCCACGUGGCACGCGCAGGCGCAGGUGCAGCUGGCUGCGCAGGCGCGGGGGGAAGACGGGCGGGCGGAGGGGAGUGCGGAGGGGGGAUGGGGAGCGGAAGGAGAGGAGGGAAAGGGUGUGGAUGGAUCGCGCAAGCAGCAAACGAGACAGCAAUAUGUGAGCAGAGCAGCAGCACAGCAGCUCGCCUUCGCUUCUUACAAUCGAGCUCUCUCCCUUGCUCCCAUCGCACAGCCGGUGGUGGGGGUGGGUUGCACGUGUGCGCUGGUGUCCAGUGCUCCAAAGAGAGGCGCACACAGGUGUCACAUAGCAGCGCGCUCGCAAGGCAUGCUGUGGGAGUACUCUCUGCUGCUCUCCAAGGAGGCCCUGCGGUCCCGGCAGCAAGAGGAUGACAUGGCCAGUCGCCUCCUGAUCCGCGUGCUAGCAGCGAGUAUGGGGCUACCAGCAGUGGCGGGGGGCGUGGCGGUGGGGGAGGGGCGGGGGGACGGCGUGGAGGAGGCAGCAGCAGUGGUGGGGCAGGGGGAGCAGAUACAGGAGGUGCUGGAUGGCCGAGUGGCCUAUGCUGUCUUUGCCGCCCCUACCUGGGCGAGCAGGUGGGGAGCAGCAGGGGAGGGGCGCAGAGUGGUGCUGUGCGGUUCCUUCAACCCACUGCACCAAGGACACACUGACCUCAUGGCAGCUGCUCUACUGGAGGUACCAGGCGGAGUCCCAUGCUACGAGAUGGCGGCAUGGAACGCGGACAAGGGAGCCAUUCCCGUGGAGGAGGUGGAGAGGCGAGUCCACCAAUUCACUGCCCAUGGUCACAUGGUGGUGGUAACCCGCCUGCCUCUCUUUGCCAGCAAGGCCUCUCUCUUCCCGCACUCCACCUUUGUGAUUGGAUACGACACUGCUGUUCGCUUGCUCGACGCAAAGUACUACGGCAACAGCCACAGCAGCAUGAUGAAUGUGCUGCACGGUAUUGCCCGCUCCGGAUGUGACUUCCUUGUCGCUGGCAGGCUCGUUGGCUCCACAUUUCAGUCAUCUGAGAGUCUGGUCGUGCCAGAGUCCGUCGCUGCUCGCCAGGCUGCUGCUGCCACCGCCACCGCCGCUAGUGAUGACGCAGGUGCUUCUGAAAGCUCGUGGUAG